AUGUACUAUAGGGAAAGGAGAGCAUCCUCCUAUUAGAAACCUCAGCCUGGCUAUGAUAAUUUGAGAAAUCAGUUGGAUUUAUUGGAUAAAUUUAUGAAGCCAUCCUAUGAUAUUUAAUUACCUCAUGAACCUAGUCAAAAAAGCGGAGUUAGAUAAUCUGGACGAUUGAAUAAAUCCUUCUAAUUUCCCAAGGUAUCUCAGUAACCAGACGAUUCUGUCAAUGAGGAAGUAGUUCAGAUGUAGCUUGCAAUAGAUUUAUAAAACUAGACUCUAAAGAAACUAUUGAAAGAAUAAAGAGAUGUAAUAUUAUAAAUGGAUAAUCAAGAUAAAUAAAGCUUAGGUUUUUAAGUAAGAACUAGAAAAUUUAAAAAGCCAAGUUCAAACCAUACAUCUAAAAUUACCAAAGCUACCCCAAUAUGAAUAAUUAAAUGAAAUUAAGCAAGAAAUCUCAUCCUUAAGACAAUCCUUUUUCCAAUAAGCCUAACAACUGUAAUAGCCAAUUAUUCAACCUCCCUAGAUAAUUUAUUAGCAAAUGCCUUAGCAAAUACAGCAACCUCAGUAUCUCCCACCUCCUUAUCCAUAUUAUCCUUACGGACAGUAACCUCCUCCAUAUGGAUAACCACCUCCACCAUACCCACUUUAAUAAUAAUACCAACAACCCUAUUAGUACAACCCCUAUCAAUCUCCCUACUAUCCUCCACCUUAAUCUUAGCCCCAACCCCAAGAAACCUAAACAAAUUAAUAAAACCCUCAAUCUUUAGGCAAAAUCAAAACUGUUGGUUCGCAAGCCUAAAAUUCCCGAAGAUCGAGUCAAAAGACUAUUCCAUUAAUUUCGAAAAGGUCCAUUCAAUAAACCAAAUAGAGUUUUUUCUCUGAUGUAUGAUAAAUUUAUGUAAUAAUAGAAUGGAGACAAGAAGGCGUUAUUUUAGGGUUCAAGACUGAAGGUAAUUUUUAAUGCAGUCAGAUGCGCUAUGCGAUGGAAGAUAUAUUGUAAACCUUUAAAUAUUUUAUGGAGAAAACUAUACAAACAUUCGGUUGAGUGUAAAGCAGUAAUAUAAAAAAUUUCAUACCCAGUUGCUUUGAAACGCAUUAAUGAUUGGUGCAAAAUGGUAUUGGCAAAAGUAGAAAAUUAUUUGACUAAAAUAAAAGAAAUAGAUUUUAUUGUAUAAUUGUUUUUUUUAUCAGAAGAAUCCAGAAAAACCCUUGACCGAAUAAGAAUUAGAUCAAUCAUAUAUGCAAUUGACAAAUGCAAUGAAAUAUCUGAUGACUAGUUUAGUUACUUAUUGCACAAACGAUUUCAUGAUUCCAGAAUUGAAAUUUUUAUCUUACCUUUAGUUUUUUGAUUAGCCAGAAAUAGAUAGAGGACUGUUUGUUGCUAGAAGAGUAUUAUUUUGGAAAGAAAAAUAAUUAGACAUGACAAAAACAUAAUAGAUGAUGAUUGUAGGGGAUCUAGUUAUAUUAGUACACAUACUGCCUGCCUUGAUGGAAAUUCCAGGAUAGGUAUUUAUAGUCAAAUGCAUGGUAUCCCUUGUGUAAAUUCAUUUUAUGAAAUAUUUUGAUUUGAGAGUGCUCAAUCGAAAUCCAGAGUAUAGAAUUAUCCAAUUAAAUUUGGUGGAUGUGGUGGAUGGCAAAUUAGUUGCCAGAUUAGAAAAACUUGAUAAGUUUGAAGACGAAAGAUACAUUGUAGGUGUCUAUGAGGAUAGUCAAUUUUAAGGAUUUUAUGCUAAAAGACCUCAUUUUCAGGAUGAUAUGCAAAAAGCGCUAUUUUAAAUACAUACUAAUUUAUUAUAAGCAUUAGCUGCUAAAUGA